GGUAGCUUCCUAGCCGUGCCAUUUCGUCGGCUACAACGCAAACAAGGGAGAGAGGGAAAGGACGAAGGAAUAACGAACAAGAGAACUUGGAGCUAGUAGAGAGAGCACGCAAAGCUAAGGAGGGAGAUGGGGUCGACCUCGAACGGGAACGAGGACAAGGUGGUGGAGACGGUGAUGGUAGGGAGGUACAUAGAGAUGGAGCAGGAAGGGGACUUCAGGACCGUCAAAUCAAGGCUCUCCAGCCUCCUCUGGCAUGGCGGCUCAGCCUAUGACGCUUGGUUCAGUUGCGCUUCCAACCAGGUGGCCCAGGUGCUACUUACACUCCCGUACUCUUUCUCACAGCUGGGAAUGAUGAGUGGUAUCCUGUUCCAACUGUUUUAUGGUCUCAUGGGUAGCUGGACGGCUUACCUCAUCAGCAUUCUCUAUGUGGAGUAUAGGACUCGGAAGGAGAGGGAGAAGGUGGACUUCAGGAACCAUGUCAUCCAGUGGUUCGAGGUGCUAGAUGGGAUGCUAGGGAAGCACUGGAGGAACGUGGGAUUGGCCUUCAACUGCACUUUUCUUCUCUUUGGAUCCGUCAUUCAGCUCAUUGCUUGUGCUAGCAACAUAUACUACAUCAAUGACAAGCUGGACAAGAGGACAUGGACCUAUAUUUUUGGGGUUUGCUGUGCCACCACAGUGUUCAUCCCAUCCUUCCACAACUAUAGGAUAUGGUCCUUCUUGGGCCUCCUAAUGACAACCUACACUGCUUGGUAUCUCACCAUUGCUUCCCUUCUUCAUGGCCAGGUGGAGGGAGUGAAGCAUUCGGGACCAACGAAGCUGGUUCUCUACUUUACAGGCGCCACAAACAUUCUCUACACAUUCGGUGGGCACGCUGUUACAGUGGAGAUCAUGCAUGCGAUGUGGAAGCCUCAAAAGUUCAAGGCGAUCUACUUGCUAGCGACGUUGUACGUGAUGACGCUGACUUUGCCGUCGGCGGCGAGCGUCUACUGGGCGUUCGGCGACCUACUACUCGACCACUCGAACGCUUUAGCUCUGCUGCCGCGGACGGGGUGGAGAGAUGCGGCGGUGGUGCUGAUGCUGGUGCACCAGUUCAUCACGUUCGGGUUCGCGUGCACGCCGCUCUACUUCGUGUGGGAGAAGCUGGUGGGGCUCCACGACUGCCGGAGUUUGUGCAAGCGGGCGGCGGCGCGGCUCCCCGUGGUGGUGCCCAUCUGGUUCCUCGCCAUCAUCUUCCCCUUCUUCGGGCCCAUCAACUCCACCGUCGGCUCCCUCCUCGUCAGCUUCACCGUCUACGUCAUUCCCUCCCUCGCCCACAUGCUUACCUUCCGCUCCGCCGCCGCCCGGGAGAACGCGGUGGAGCCACCGCCGAGGUUCGUCGGGAGGUGGAUUGGCACGUACACAAUCAACUCAUUUGUGGUGGGUUGGGUGCUGGUGGUGGGAUUCGGGUUCGGGGGUUGGGCUAGCAUGGCCAACUUCAUCCACCAGAUUGACACUUUUGGUCUCUUCACCAAAUGCUACCAAUGUCCCCAACUCCCACCACCACCACCACCACCAUAUGGUCUUCCGCUUCCUACCAGCACUCAGGCUCCUUCCACUGCUCCAUUCCCCACUAAUGUUCAUAACCACACCAUUCCAACCAUAUCUAGCAGCAUGUCUCCCUCUCCCUCUCCAUCGCCUUCUUAUAUUGUCCACCACCAUCUUGGCCCAUGAGCUUACCAAUGUGAAAUGAGACCAAGGUAUGGCCUUUGAACUACUAGGCUAAGCAGUGAAAAAGAGGAAGGCAGGAAGAGGCAAGUAGUUCCAUGUAGGCAAGUUGUCCCAUGGUCGUUUGGUAGAGAGAAGGUGAGAGAACAAACGCUGCCAAUGUUUCAGUACUUCUUGUUCUUUUUCUUUCUGGGGUCAAUUCAGGAAUGUGAGUUGAAUGGAAUUAUCAAUGCGCUGUGGCAGCAACAGUUGCAUCUAA